UACAAAAAACAGCAACAACAUUUGGAAAAAGAGAAGAACGAAGGCAGUCUUUCAUUCGAUUCCUAAAUUCCAAAGUGAAGAACGGACAAGAGAAACUAUGGCAGGGAAAAACAAAAAAAUGAUGAAAUAGAAAGAGAAUAAAGAGAGUGGAACGGAAGGGAUAAUCUAUUAAAUUGGAAGUUUAAUCUUUCUCCAUAGCUAAAUUUUAACUUCUUCCACCACUUUAGAACUCCCAUUUUCAGAUUCUUGCUUUUCCUCAUCACAUAUAGACACAAACACCCACCUCCUCAACCCAAAAUUGAAAACCAAUUAGCUUUUCAUUCGGUUCAAGUUUUUUUGGUUGCUUAGAUUUGAGUGACAAUUUCGGAGUUCAAAGUCUCGAGAUAGGAAUUGAGCUGACGAAGUGCUAUUUGAGGUCUCUGGCUUUCCGUGGUUUGAGCCCGACAUUUGAUUUUGGAAUUUCGGAAUUUUGUUCAACAAAUUAAGGGAUCAUUGGUGUAACCAUGGCUCACCAGCUGAUUAAACUUACUUGGGUGGUAUUAGCAUGGUCUGCUCACUCCCAGGUAGUGAAGUCAGUGGUGAGCUCAAGCAUGAAAGCAUCGAUAGGAUACAAUGGUUUAGGGAAGUGGAUCUGGAACUUCACCUGUAAGAUCUGGAACUUCACCUGUAAGCAUCUGAUAGUUUGCUGCAGGAAGUGUCAACGACAUAAGGAUAACAUUUGGCUGGUGAGAAAUAUGAUCUCAUUACAGAAAUGCACUACAAGAAGUCACAUAUCAAGAGUCACCAACGGAAGAUACAGAAACAGCAGGACACAACAUCAAUCAAAUCGAAAUGGCUGUUAUGGCAAGGACAUCUCUUCAUGCAUAAAGGAAACAUCACAGCAAAGUUUAAACAGAGCUUUGCAGAAGAACUCAAUUGCACUUAAAAAUAACUGUACCUACUGGUACAAAGCUGAAGAACAGACGAGGAGCUCAACAACGAGCAAAGAUAUGGUAUAUGUAAAUGGAGUCACCAUGAGGUACCGGAAAACUGAAGAAGGUAAAUAUUUUAAUACUUGGGAUAUGCAAGGCAUUCAGCUUUGCAAUCAUGCUGUAAAUGCACUACAUGCUAAUGUACUAAAAGGAGGAAAAGGUUGUCAAGCGUGGGUUCAUAUACCAAGUAAUGUUAUGGACAGUGUAGUCAAGCGCAUUGGGAUAUUAAAACAAGGAACUUGGGGUCUCAUUUUCUGUACAUUUUUAGUACUUGGAUAAUCCUUCAAUUGUGGACAACAAAAUACACGAGCAGCACACACAACAGGCGAUGGGCAGCAAUAUUACCACAUGCAAAGGAAUUGGGAUACACAAAUGCUGAGGAUAUUCAGUUGAUGAGCCAUGGCAUUUCUACUUUACUAUGGAGGAUCAUGAGGGCAUAUACAAGCAAACACCAUCAACAAAACUGGGCAAAAGCAAGAAUUCAAAUACAAGGGGGCUACAAAGUCAAAAGCUGGGCAGUGGCUACAAGGCUAAGAGGCUUUAUGUGCAGUAUGCAAGUUUUGAAAUUGGACACGCGUGCUAAUCUGAUGCAUGGGCUAGGUUUUUUCAUCAAUGUGUACAUCAGUUCAUAUGUGAUACCAAUUUUGAGUCCGUUGCUCAAAAUUGGUAAUAGGUAUUAUGUAAUAAUCAUAGGUUAUUAUUUCCAUUUUGCAAGACCACCUGACAUUGUAUAUUUCGUUUUGUUUUGAUUUAUAUAUACAAAAACUAGCCCUAGGCAUUGCCUAGCGAACUGCCAAAAAAACACAUGAAUUCAUCAUUUAAUUUCGGAUAGGAGAUGAAAAUUGGGGAA